AUGGAACAGCUUUUCCUCCCCAGCGACCUCGCCUGGCUCAGUCGGGCUGGACCACGGCCCGCUGGCCCCUCUGCACAGACGGGAGGCCCCGGCUUUCGAGCUCUGACGGGCGGGGCCCGGCGUGGUCACGCGGCUCUGCGCAACGCCGCCUCGUCCCCCAAACCACGCCUCGCGCGCCGCAGAGGCCGACACUCUCUGCCGACGGUGGCUGAAGGCGUGGACGCUCUGGACGAGCGCUGCCCCUUCCGGCCAGCUGCCCCGGGCCCCAGGGAGGCCGCGCUGCCGGGCCCAUCACCCCGUGCCUGGCCAGGCAGCCACGCGGAGUUUCGGGCCACGCAGAGUUUCGGGCCACGGCAGCGGAGAGCAUCUCGGGAGCCCGGUGGAAAGUCAGAAAACCGCACCCGGCACUGCAGUGAUUGCUCAGCAGCAGCAUUUGCGGGAAGUAGGGGUAACCCAGCGGGCGCCCUGCGCAUUUUAGGCACGCUCGAUAGUCAGAGGCGACAGACACCUCCUCGCCGUCUCAGAGAACUCUCGCACCCGGAGAAAUCAGAGGCUGGAAGCCGGCGUGGCGCCUCCGUGGCUCUCCUUCACCGUGGGAGAGAAAACCGGGUGCUCUUGCCGUGCUGUGUCUCGGAGCAGGCGAAGUGGGUAUUCCUGCCUGAGCUGCUUAUCACAGACAUCGCCGUGUCACUCAGAUCGCCUUCGCCAGGCCGGAGCGCUGGAGAGCCCCGGCCCGCGGAGGACAAGCUCCCCUCGGAGAGGAAGAGGCUGAAGGUGGAGGAGCCGCAGAGCCGCGAGCGGCCGGAGCUUCCGGGAGCAGCAGCCCCGGGAGGGCCCACGCAGGCCGUGGCCCUGUGCGCCGAGGGCCAGGACAGCCGUCUCGGGGAGACGCCGGGGGGCCCCGGCGGGGGCGCCCACAGCCUGGCGGGGGCCAGGGCUGGGCAGCCAGACGAGCCCGUGGCCGCGGCCUCUUCCGUGGCCCUGAGGAGGGCGGGGCCGAGGGACAAGGAGCCGGCCCUUGUGCUGAGGACGGAGCUCAGUGGCAGCAGCGGCCUGGCGGCCCGGGAAACUCCGCGAGCCAGCGGCCGUCCUCGAGAGACCGUUCAGUGCAGCCGUGUCCGAGAACGCCUGGCAAAUGACCGGGCGAGCAAUGCUGGCAUUUGCGCAUCAAACACGGGGCUGCGCUGUGGCUCCCGGCGCUGCCCCGGGAGCGGCCGGCCCGAGCUCGGCGGACUGCCCCGCCACGCCCGCUCGGAGCUCCUCCGUGGGCAGAACCCGCCUCAUUUCCCAGUCCCCACCACGAGCAUUGCCUUGUUCCCGAAAGCGUGUCUCGCUGGGCUGGCGAACAUCAAAGCUCCUGCGGCGCGACCCCCUGAACCCCGUUUUGCGGCAGCAAAGCCUGCUGCUGACACCCACCUGGCCUUUGAGGUCUUUCAUCUCCGGCUGCCUCAAGAUCUUUUCAUCUCUGGACAACGUGGCGGCCACAGCAAGCUGCUUCCACGUGACCAAGCGCACGAGCUCAGCGGGUCAGAGCAGGCCGGGCCUGGCGAGGGCGGGACCCAGCGGGCUGCGAGUCCCUGUGGACGGGACUUCACGGGCUCCGGGGAGUUCCUGCUGGACGCCGCGGCCCCGAUGCUGUCCAACGGGGAGUAUGACCGAAUUGUGGGCGCGCGAAGCUCCCGCCGGCGUCCUGGCCUGGCCCCGUGCGUGGGCAUCGUGCGUGCACUGCCCCUUCCCCACCCGCCCCCACUGCGGCCGGGCGGAGCUUUCUGGACGCAGGAUGGCUCCUACGGCCCACCACCGCCCUCAGCCCUGGGAGCGAAACGUCCCGAUGGGCUUGGAUCGCAGGUGCUCCGGGCAGAAUCCUUUCCCCGCAAUUCUCUACCUUCCUUGGGUCCCGUGCUGGUGGCGCUGGCUGUAUUUCGGGGUGAACUCUGGCCUCUAGAGCAACAUCGAGGUGUUCCCACGGAGAGGCCGCUUCUGCACCCCAAGGAACAGUUGCGCCGCAGCCUCCGCCCCGAGGCUGCCGGGUCCAGCGGCCUCCGGGAUGCGUGGGCUGUUUCUGGGGUGCCCAAGAUGCUGCUGCUCGAGACACUGCCCCCUCGAGCAGGGAGCCAGGGCUGCACUGGGGACGCGGGCCUCUUGGCCCCAAGGUUGACCCUGAAUGUGGCGUCUGCUCGCUCCCUCUGGAGGCCCCCUGUGCACGGGGAACCGGCCUGUGCCACCUCAGAAGCGCCCCUCCGUCGAGGGGACGGAGACCAGGAGGAUGACGGUGGGGCCAGCCCAGGAGGCCGCGGGCUGACGGCCGCGGACGCCGCCAGGGCGGGGCUGAGGCGCGACACGUCCCCGCCUGCUGGAGAUCGAGGGCCUCAGGACACGCCUGGGGCACGGCGGGCGCCUCCGCCCUGCGCCCCAGGCUGGACCUCGGCCCCUGCCAGCCCCCAGCCCCGGGGCAGGGAUCUUGGCGGAGAAUCGCUUGAGUCCCGAUUGCCUGAGCCCCACCUGCCGCCCCCCGGGGGGCAAGGUUCUCUGGGCCCCAAAGCCUGUGUUUCCCCUGAGGCCCAGGAGCCGCCGUCUGAGUCCACCAGGUCCCCCAGCUGCGGCCCCGGGGCCCCUUGCACCGCCAUGCAGGCUCCCGGCGCCCCGGAACCCCCGCACCAUGGCGGGGCAGAGGCAGGGGCACUCACGCAAGGAUCCCCACUUGGGGAAGCUUCCGCUCCGGGCGCGCCCCCGGCUCCAUCGCCCGGGAGACCACCUCCUGGGCCAGGAGUGUCGGGCUCGGGCCCACCGGGGCCAGCGGGGAACGUCCCCCCAGAGCCGCCAGCUCCCGGGCCAGGCCCUGCCGCGUCCAGGCAGGAGGGAGGGGGGCGCCAGGCUUUCUCAACCCCCGGGGGGACGCGGGUGUGUGGGCGAGUGGCCGUCCCCUGCCUGCCUUCGGGAUGUGACUGCGGGGGUCCUCGGGGGCCAGGGCCAGCGGAGCCCUCUGACCCUGGGCAGCCCUCCGGGUCGCCUGAAGUCCUCUCAAGAACCGUCAAGAAGAGGAGUUUGGAAGGGAUGAGGAGGCAGACGCGAGUGGAGGUCAGUGACACCAGCAGCGACGACGAGGACCGGCUGGUCAUAGAAAUCUGA